CUUUUAGAAAAAAGCUCCACAAAUGGCUGACACAGAGAAAGCAGGUGGGUUUUUUUUUGUCGCCACACCACAUCUACGUUUUCUGAUGACACCUCUAAACUUUUAUAACUACGGUCUUUUGAAUUUUCGGACCGCAAAUCUAAAUAAUAAUAACAAUAAGAAAAAAGGUCCUCUGAAUAAUUCAGUAAUCGGGCCCUAAUAAUAGUAAUAACAAUGUUACAUUGUCAUUAUAUAUAAUAUGGUUAAAGUCAUUCAUGAACCAACUUCCUUUUUUGGACUUGUGUGCUCUGCUGAGCUUUGAGUCUGUUCCACGAGUCUGUUCCAUGAUCCUGUUCCAUGAGUCUGUUCCAUGAUCCUGUUCCAUGAGUCUGUUCCAUGAGUCUGUUCCAUGAUCCUGUUCCAUGAGUCUGUUCCAUGAGUCUGUUCCUUCCUCUACCUGGUUGUCACAAUCCUAAAAUUAUAACUUCUAUAGGCUACAUACCUGCCAUAAAUAUCAUACCAGAAUUCAAUACAAUACCAUAACGAUAUACCAUCAAUACGAUAUACCAUGAAUACGAUACUGGUAUAUUUAUCGACAGUAGUAAUAAAAUAGAAACAUUUUUUAAAAGCCGAAGACGGUCUCAAAAGCUCCGCAACUUAACGCCACUCGCUGUGAGAGCGCUGCGCCAUGGCCCUGUUGACGCUCCGCCCACUCCUCGCUACCUCCAUCUGCUUGACACAUGGCAUAUAUUACACCUGUCCAUCCUGGAGAGGGAUCCUCCUCUGAGCUCUCCCCUUUUUUCCCCGUGAAGCUUUAGGAGUUUUUCCUGAUCAGGAAAUAUCCAUUGAUGGAUAUUGAUGGAGCAAAAGCGCCUGGAAAUCAAGGAAAAUAGUGUAUUCACCUGGAAAUAAUAAUACAAAUAAUUAUGUACAGGAAAUGUUAAGCAAAGGACAUAUCUCCACUGGAUACUUUUUAGUAUGCUUUGAUGCUAACACACAAGAUGUUUAAUUCUGAGGAAACCUUUUGUCAUUUAAUGGAGGAGAAGAGGCACCUUCAGGGAGACUGAGGGGGACCAGUAAAAUGUCAGUAUCAAACUUGUAUUAAUGUUUUUACACCAUAAUUUCUUCUUUUACUGAAGUGAAAUAUAUCAAUAAUUAUUCCACCAUUGGUUGUUUUCGAUUAUUAAUCUUAGUGGGACGUCUGUCUGCCUUUUAUUUUGAAAUGCGGACGUGACACCGGAAGCGGAUGUCCAGUACGGAACAUGUUUAGUAACGCACAGUCCGCCAUGUAGGGCACCAAUGAGAACGUAACGUUUACACGGAAGAGUGUUGUGUUUCAAGCCGACUCUUGUUCAAGUUUCCGGUUACGCUCAAACUAAAUGCCGUGCGGACAGACGGACACGGCAAGUCGAGCUUAGCGUCUGACUGAAGGGAAAAAAUGGAGGCGAGAUUUGGCAGCGAAGUGGCGUCGAUCGUGGAAGUCGCCAUCCAGGCGACCGUGUCCGUUUUCCGGGACGCCUGGACGAAAGAGGCGACAACCGCGCAGUGGGAGGAGGCGACGUUCGGCGAAGUCCAGGAGAUAGAGAAGUGCCUGGUGGUCCAGAUCCACAAGGUGUUCACAGAGUUCUCCUCGGAGCUGUUCGAGGAGAACGAGGCUCUGCGGGCCAAAGUGGAGCAGCUGGAGGACGUGCUGCAUAAGAAAGCCGGGCAGCUGGAGCAGGAGCUGGAGGCCAGAGUGGGUCAGCUCGGCAGGGAAAUGGAGCAGCUGGAGAAGGAGCUGAGGAGCAUCGGGGACGGCGGCACCAAGGCGCAGGGAGGCGACCCGACUCACGUCCUGAUGCCGGACUGCUCGCUGAUAGGAGCCCCGGCGUUGUCCGUCUCCGACCCUCCGGCUGCUGCGAAGGAAUCUGCGUCAGACCCGGCGACGUCGGAGUGCCCUGAAGCCGGUCCCACCGCUGGAUCGGUGACUGUCCCCAAACCAGAAUCAGCCCCGGUGGCAUUUGUCAACGGUGACAUCACCGCUCCCACGGUGCCGCAGGAACACCCCGUCUCUGAAUGCAAGCAAGCGGCCUCGCCGGGGUCUGCGCCUCGGGGUGCUGCCAGCCCGGACUCGAGCAGUGGCGUUGACUCGGCACAAGAAAAGAUAUCUGUAGAAGAGACGCCUUCAGGGAGACCGAAGAGGACCAGGAGAGCAACCUUUAAAAUGGAAGACGUUUCAACUGACGACAUCGCGGAAGAGAAACAAAUCAAGGUGGCCGGAGUGCAGGGGAGGAGGGUUCGCCGAAAAGACUCUCAGACGGCGAAGCGGUUCCCCUGCGAGCAUUGCAGCGUCACGUUCCACUGGAAGGGCGACCUGAAGAAACACGUGAAGGUCCACAAGAAGCCUUUCCCUUGCGAUAAGUGUGGCAGGAGUUUCCUGGAAAAGAGGUCUCUGGAAAAUCACCUCUCGCGCCACGAGGCGAGCAAAGCCCCGUUGCCCUUCCCCUGCACCCUUUGCAAGAGGUCGUUCCGGAAGGAGGAGUCUCUUCAGAAUCACCUCAUGCGCCACCGGCGGUCCAAGCCGCCGAAGCCGUUCACCUGCGACCAGUGCGGGAAGACCUUCCGGGUCGAGCGGUCUUUGGAAAACCACCUGCUGCGCCACGAGAAGUGGAAGCAGAAGUUCCAGUGUCACCUCUGUGACAAGAGCUGCCGGACGUCGGUGCAGCUGCGGUGCCACAUGGCCGUGCACUCGGAGGAGCGGCCGUUCGGCUGCGCCACCUGCGGCAAGGAGUUCAAGAGCAAGGACACGCUCCGCUUCCACCAGAUCGUCCACUCCAGCUCCAAGAAGUAUAAGUGCAGCAUGUGCGAGGAGACCUUCAAGUACGCCCACUCGCUGACCGUGCACAAGCGGAAGCACACGGGCAUCACGCCGUUCACGUGCGCCGUGUGCAAGCGGUCGUACCGCACCGGCACGGCCCUGAAGAGGCACAGCGCGGUGCACACGGGGGAGAAGCCGUUCACCUGCCACAUCUGCGGCGCCCGGUUCAGCCUGAACAACAACCUCAAGCGGCACCUCCGCAUCCACACGGGGGAGAAGCCGUUCACCUGCCCGGAGUGCGGCAAGAGUUUCUCGGACAACGCCAAGCUGAAGUGCCACAUGCUCAUCCACGGCGCCAGGAAGCCGUUCAUGUGCGACCUGUGCGGGAAGACCUUCCUCUUCAACUGCAGACUGCUGAUCCACCAGAAGUACGUGCACGCGGACCGGAGCGCCGACGGCACGCAGCGCUUCUUCCAGGCCCGGAAGCGGAACAAGCCGCCGCUGAAGCCGUUCAGCUGCAAAGUCUGCCUGCAGGGCUUCAGCGCCGCGGGCUCCCUCCGGCUGCACGAGCGAGGCCACAGCGAGCACAAGGAGUUCAACUGCGGCAUCUGCGGGAAGUCGUUCCACAACAAGUACUCCUUCGGCUACCACCAGAGGAGCCACGCGGGGGAGAAGCGCUUCGUCUGCGACGUGUGCGGCAAGCGAUUCUUCCACGCCGGCAGCCUGAAGCAGCACGAGCGCAUCCACACGGGCGAGAAGCCGUACAAGUGCGACCAGUGCGGCAAGGCCUUCCGAACAGACGGGAACUUCUACAGGCACAUGCGGAUCCACACGGGCGAGAAGCAUUUUGAGUGCCUGUACUGCCACCGGAAGUUCCACCAGUCGAACCAGCUCAAGUCUCACAUGCAGAUCCACACGGGAGAGAAGCUGUACUCGUGCCAGCAUUGCUCCCGGGGUUUCUCGGAUACGAGGCAGCUGAAGAAGCACAGCUGCGACGGGCACCUGUUAGCUUUGAAGGUAAAAAUGUCAGAAAACUUAGUGUUUUAUUCAGAAACUAAAUCCAUCAUUGAGAUAGCCAUUAAGACUGCUGUUGAUAUCGGAAAUUCCAAAGAAGAAGAUGUAACUACGGAGCCCAACAUGAGACGUAAGACAGAUUUUGACAGCAUCGCGGAAAUGUUGGCGCGGGAGGCGACGAGAAAGGUCAGCGCCAUUUUCUCCCAGCUGUCCUCGACACUGCGCAACGAAAACAAGAGCCUGAAGGCCGAAGCGGGCCGGCUGGAGAGCGAGCUGAAGGUCACGACGGAAAACUUGGAGAAUGCCCGAACGUGGAGGGAGAGCGUCCUGAGCGGCUGCCCCGUCCUGUUGGAGCGGACCGGGUUGAUCUACAGGUUGAAGCCCUUCGGGACGUUGAAAAGAAAGGCCGGUGCGUUGGCGGAGGAAAUCACAGAAACGCCGCCCGCUGCCGGGAUGCAGAGUGGACACGUUGCUGAUGUUGAAGAGGCAACGGAGGAGUUGAAUUCUGAAGCCCAGUCCUUAGCGGCCAGUCGACGAGAAAGUGCAGAGGAUUACACCCCGACAAACAUCAUGGCAGAAUCCAAAAACGCGGACAGCCCGAAGGCCGCGGCGCCAGUCGAGCGCAAAGGGAAGUCCUUUACAUGCGAAGUCUGCAACAAGAGCUUCAAGCGGCGGCUUCACCUGACGAAGCACGCCAACACCCACAGAGAGCAGCGGCCGUUCGCCUGCGACCAGUGCCCCAGGAAGCUCCGGACUGCGGCGACCCUGGAGCACCACCUGCUGCGGCACGAGGAGCGGAAGUACGCCGCCUUCGAGUGCCGGCUCUGCGAGAAGACGUUCAAGACCAAAAUGUACCUGAAGACCCACCAGCUCGUCCACACGGACGCGAGGUCCUUCGCGUGCCCCGCCUGCGGCAAGGCCUUCAAGACCAAGCACGCGCUGGGGGCCCACCGGGUCGUGCACACCGCGGAAAAGCCGCACAAGUGCGCCGAGUGCGGGGAGAGCUUCCGGUACGCGUUCACGCUGCAGUGCCACCAGAGCGUCCACACGGGGGAGCACCCGCACAAGUGCGCGGUGUGCGGCAAAGCGUUCAUCCGGAGGAGGUCGCUGCGGACGCACCAGUCCGUCCACAGGGGGAAGAUGUUCACGUGCGAGACGUGCGGCGCCGGCUUCACCCUGCAGCACAACCUGAAGAGGCACCUUCGCAUCCACACGGGCGAGAAGCCCUUCCGGUGCGACGUGUGCGGGAAGAGCUUCGUCCAGAACAAGCUGAAGGCGCACAUGCUGCUCCACGGCGCCGCCAAGUCCUUCAUGUGCGACCUGUGCGGCAAGACGUUCCUCUACAACUGCCAGCUGCAGCGGCACCAGAAAGUGACCCACGACGAGAGGCGCGGGCAGGUCGUCCGAAAGCGGAGCCUGGGCAACCGGCGAGUCAUCUACCGGCGGGACAAGACCACGGUGGACAUGACGCCGUUCAGCUGCCGGACCUGCCGCAAGUGGUUCGACACGGCGGGCUCGCUGAGGAGACACGAGCUCAUCCACACGGGGCGGAGGCAGUACAGCUGCCAGACGUGCGGGAAGUCUUUCUUCUACAAAGCCACGUACGACUACCAUCGACGGGUCCACUCCGGGGAGCGGCCGCACGGCUGCGGCGUGUGUGGGAAGAGGUUCAUCAUCCGCCAGGCGCUCAAGUCGCACGAGCUGCAGCACUCCGGGGAGAAGCCGCACACAUGCGAGCACUGCGGCAAGGCCUUCCGGAUCUACACAAACUACCUCCGGCACUUGCGGGUCCACACGGGGGAGAAGCCCUACGAGUGCGAGGUCUGCGGCGUGAGGUUCAGGCAGCUCGGACACGUCAAGUUCCACAUGCAGGUCCACACGGGGGAGCGGCCGUACUCCUGCGGCAGCUGUGGACUUGGAUUUUCAGACUCGAGGCUGCUCAAGAGACACAACUGCAAUUAUAUUGCUGAAACUACACCUACAAGCGGACACGUUGACAUUGGCAGAAUGUCGGACCUGGGGAUGCAGGUGGGCUCCAUUUUGGAGAUAAUGGUGAGUACGACGGUGACAGAAAUAGCCAAAGUUAUCGGCGGCUCCGCUCCAACGCAGUCAGACGUGUCGCAACGCACGACCGAAAACACUCCAGGGUCCUCGGAGAAGGUGACCCAGCUCAGCGUCUUCCUGACGUCUCUGGCUCGUGAAGCUGUGGAGAAGAUCUGCCAGCUGUUCCUCGAGUGUUCCUCUCUGCUGCAGUUAGAAGUUACGCAGGGUGUCGCAGAGAUCGAGGAGCUGAGGAGGAGACUGGAGGAGACGGAGCUGAAGGUCGUGCUGGAGGGCAGCGGGGGCCAGGAGCUGGCGGAGGAGCAGACAAACGAGCUGACGGAGGAAAACGGCGGAGAGAAGGAGUGUGAAGGGGCUCCGGCCAACGGACGAGGAGCAGGAGAGACUGUCCAGAGUCAGCGAUCGGGGAGGAAGAGUCGGAGAGCUGUGGCUUGUGGUGAUGCCGGAGUGAAGAGAUCGCCGAUAGUUCACCUGUGGAAAGGCAGAACCUAUGAGGACUGUGUCCACCCUGUGAUAAUAAAGGAGGAAGGACUGGAGGCGUUGGCUGACCAGAUGUCCUCUGAUUCCGGUCCGCACAGAGACCAUCCCGACCAGGAUGACGAUGACGACCCGGACUACCAGUUUGAGCCAGAAGAUGCGUAUGGCGGUGAUCCAGGAUUCAUCACUAGACCUAAACGCGUUGCAAAGCCCCUAAAGCCCCACCGGGAACGAGUGAAGAGGGAGGGUCAGGGUCAGGGUCAGGGUCAGGUCCAACAGCCUCUGAGCUGCAAACACUGCCGGAAAACCUUCACCAAGCUGCUGCAGCUUAAGGCCCACCAGGCCGUCCACGGGGCCAACGCCGAGAAGCCCUUCCACUGCUCUCAGUGCGGCAGAGGCUUCUCGUUCCAGCGAAGCCUCAAUGCGCACGAGCUGCUUCACACGGGGGAGAGACCACACACCUGCGAUGUUUGUGGGAAGGGUUUCACCCUGAAGCAGCUGCUGAGGAACCACCAGCGCCUCCACGCCGAGGUCCGCCCGUUUCGCUGCGAGCAGUGCGGCAAGAGCUUCUACCGAGCCCACGGGCUGAAGAUGCACCAGAUGGUCCACACGGGGGAACGGGCCUACAACUGCCAGUACUGCAGCAAAAGCUUCACGAUCCAGGGCAACCUGCAGCGCCACCUGCGCAUCCACACGGGCGAGAAGCCGUUCCGGUGCGAGACGUGCGGGAAGAGCUUCAACCAGGCCGACACCCUGAAGGGCCACCAGCGGAUCCACACCGGCGAGCGUCCCUUCAACUGCGAGACGUGCGGCAAGUGCUUCAUCCAGAAGAGCGCCCUGAAGAUGCACCAGAAGAUGCACUCGGGCCAACGCAAAUCGCUGGCGUGCGUGGCGUGCGGCGCCGCGGUGGCCUGCGUGGACUCGCUCCGCAAGCACCUGCUGACGCACGCGGCCGCCAUCCCGUGCACGUGCGUGCUCUGCGGCCGGCGGCUCGGCUCCAUCGCGGACCUGCGCUCGCACCAGCAGCACCACACGGUGGAGCGGCCGCACAGCUGCGGACUCUGCGGGAAGAGCUUCAAGUCGUCCAGCUACCUGAAGAUCCACCUGAAGACGCACAGCGGGGAGAAGCCCUUCGCCUGCGACAUCUGCGGCCGCAUGUUCACGCAGCACAGCAGCCUCAAAUCACAUCAGGUUGUCCACACCGGGGAGAAACCGUUCAGCUGCGACACGUGCGGGAAGUGUUUCAGCAACACGGGGAACCUGAACCGACACCAGCGCAUCCACACGGGGGAGAAGCCGUUCAGCUGCGACACGUGCGGCCGCAGCUUCAACCAGGGCAACAGCCUGAAGGCCCACCAGCAGAUCCACACCGGCGAGAAGCAGUUCAUGUGCGACAAGUGCGGGAAGAGCUUCUCCUACCUGAGGAACCUGAAGGACCACAAGUGUUUCUACGUCUGAAGCUGAGACGCCUCUCCCUCUCUCUUCAGAGAGCCGAGGGGCGUCUCCUGCUGAUGCCCUGGUGGCAUUUAUGGCUUAAUAGAAAUGGACCAACGGGCGUUUUUUUCGGCCCGUGUUGCCUGAGGUGGGACGACAGUCUUCGCUGGGCCUUUUUGACGAUAACGUGGUUGGUGUUGCUGUUUGCACAAAAUAAAAUGCAUUCAGUUGGAAUGAGUUUUAGAGGCUGAAGUGAGCACCUUUUUCCAAUGUUUUUGAAUUUAAGGCAGGAAGGGAAGUGGGUACGGCAACUUGAACACAGUACAAGAGAUGGUCAAAUACAAAAGUCCUUCUAAAUGACAGAAGGCGAUAAGAAAUACAUUCAAAUUGAAAACAUUGAAGACUAAAUGCAGCCCUCAGAGUACACGCAGGAAUCCUGACAAGAAAAUGAAAUACCCGUUAAGGCUCAUUUUUCUUAACCGUAUCCCUGAGUUCUAUCUGGUUGCAUCACUGCUGCACUUUAAGUUACGAUUAUUGAUUGUAAGAUUGCGCAACUAAUUUGUUUUAGUUUGUGACAACUUCUUGGAUCACUGUGGCGGGGGUGGGAACAAGGCACUAGAACAUUAAAUAUUACUAUUAAGUGUUACUUGGAGGCAAAUUCAAUCACGAGGUGAACAUUAUCAUGCUUUUAACUUAUAUUUGAGCAUUUCCUUCACUGUCACCUUUUGAUUUGAUUUUGUGCAGCAAUUUGUAAAGUAAGUUUUAAUAUGAGCGCAAUUAAUAAUUGUCAUUAAUAAUCUGUCUGUCACUGAUGUUUUAAUCUGAAACGGCAGCAAAUCUUCAUGGACCAAAACAACAUCCUGGACACAACUGCACAAGCCACUGAGAGAAACCUGCAGGAGCCGUUUGGUUCUUUAUCUUCAUGUAUUUGUCAGCAGAUGUUAGAAAAGUCUGACAGAAAGUUGAAGAUCAGAUGUUGAAUUAUUAUAGGCUGUAAAAUAUAGAGUGUGACUGACUUCUUUUGUAUGCAGCUUUCUUCAGGAUUAAGUUGUACGACUUAUUUUCUAGUUUUUCGAUUAUGAUUUAAAAUAGAUUAAUGAAACAAAGUUGCCUUUUGUGCAUCGGAAGAGCCGAUGUGCUGACUGAGAACGAUACCCAACAGCGGUUAUUUUGAAUCUGUGACUUCUCUUGUGGAGCGUUCGUUUGUUAACUCUUUGUGACUCGGAGUCAAACUGAUAAAACAUUAUUUAAAUCUC